ACCACCACCACCUCUUCUGCAUCAUACUCGACUUCAAAUUCAUUGUCGGCGUCUCCAAACACCGAGGCUUCGCCUUCAUCAUCGUGGCUUGUAUAGCCCUCAUGAAGUUCGUCCUCCUUUGUAUCUUCAUGAUAGACAUUGGUAAUGGCCUCGUGUUCAUCAGUCUUGCUGUCGUCGUCCUUUUCGUCUUCAUAGUAACUUGCAUCGCCCUGAUCUUCAUCGGUCUUUGGGUCGUCUUCUUUUUCGUCUUCAAAGCGAGUUGGAUCACCUUCGUCAGUCUUUGGGUUGUCCUCCUUCUCAUCUUCAUAGUGGGUUGAUUCUUCUUCAUCAGUCUUUGUAUCGUCGUCCUUUUCAUCUUCGUAGUAAGUUGUAUCGCCUUGUUCGUCAGUCUUUGGAUCGUCUUUUUCGUUUUCAUAGUGACUCGACGCUUGUUCAUCAGUCUUCGUAUCGUCCUCCUUAUGUGUCUUCGUGGUCAGUUGGAUUGCCCUCAUCUUCAUCAGUCUUUGUAUCGUCCUCCUUUCCAUCAGCUAGCCAUUCUCUCUCCCCCUCCGAGUCUUCAUCCGCUGAAUCCUCAGGCUCUAAGACCGGGUCGACACAACACUUGUAAUCCAACUGACGGAGGCACAACUCCUUCACAAGCCAAUUACGAGUCAACGAUGCGCACAUGGGAU